AUGGGCGCCGCCGCCAGCACCCCUACAUCACCAUCUGCAUCCGCACCCGCUGCGACAUGCCCUGUUGAUCACAAAACCCGUGAGGCAUGGCUACAACAACAUAAGCCCGGAGAUUCACCCCAUCCGCAACCUUCAGAUGACGGGAAGCCAGCCUCAAAACAGCAGCGACCGCUCUCCUCAGACCGUGAAGUGAGCAGUAUACCCCGAGCUGUCAUUUCUGACUCUGACUCGAACGAACCGCCAUCCGAGCGUCCCGUGGCACCCUCCUCACCAUAUGCUCCACCAGCCGCAUCGCACGGCACCCCUUCAAAUGCAGAAGCCGAAACCGGGCAGGACAAGUCGACGGGAAACUGGGUCUACCCUUCGGAGCGUCAAUUCUUCGAAGCGCUAAUGCGCAAGGGCAAUACACCAAACUCAGUCGGCUCACCGGCGGAGCUCGCUACAUCGGUAGCAUCGAUCAUCCCAAUUCACAACGCCGUGAAUGAGCGCGCGUGGCAUCAGAUUCUUGAGUGGGAGAAAAACGCGCCUAAUUCAGACCCUGGGAGCAAGAAAUGCGGUGGGCCGAAGCUGUACUCUUUUCGUGGCCUGGGCGCUGAGUCUCAGUUCCUAAGCCCGAGGGCGCGCAUGAAUAACCUGAUGGGGUACCAGCUCCCCUUUGAUCGACAUGACUGGAUUGUUGAACGAUGCGGCGGGGAGCGAAUCGAGUAUGUGAUCGAUUUCUAUCAGGGAAAAUCUACGGGAGGGAACAGUGGAAGCGGAUUGGCCGGCAAUGCUGGGCCAGGCAAACUAAGCUUCUACCUUGAUGUGCGGCCGAAAUUGAAUUCAUGGGAAGGCUGCAUGAUGAGGUUCAGACGAUUUUCGGGUCUAUGA